CUGCAGACAGAACAUGGCUGAUCUGUCAGAAGACCAAUGAGGGAAAGGGCCAAAUUUUGCAUAAUCGAUCAGAUUUUUUUCUUCGUUUCUGACCAGAGUAAAUCGUCGUCGACAGCAUUUGACCAGAGGUGUUGAAGAUGAGUGCGUUCCCAGAGGGAAUAGCAAAUGGCCCAAGCAGAUAUGAACACUUGGAUAAAGAUGCCCAAAUUUGGGAGAGACCUUGGAGUCUCGAAGAGAUACGCCAACACAGUGGCAACUGGUCUUUGGCAGCUGAUUCUGGGCUCUUCCUCUGUCUUCAAGAGUUCUCACAGCGAAUGUUGUCCAAAACACAUGAGAUUGAAAAGCAGUUGGACAAUCUGAUCCGUGACACCAAGGCCACUGACAGCCACUUGCACUCUGUCUUCAAUGACUUUUUAAUGCUCUCUAAUACACAGUUUAUAGAAAAUAGGGUCUAUGAUGAAGAAGUAGAAGAGACUAUUCCUAAGGCUGAUGCAGUGGAAAAGCAGCCUGAGCAGGAGAAGACUCGAGAGCAGAAAGAAGCAGAGCUGAUCCCUAAGAUGCAGGAAGCUGUCAGUUAUGGUUUAAAAGUGUUGGAGUCAGCCUUUGAGCAUCUAGACAUCAAAGCAGGAAACUCUGACUCAGAGGAUGAGGAAGUCAGUGACAGAGUAGAGGCCAUCCUGGAGCCCAAGGAUCUAUAUGUGGACAGACCACUUCCAUAUCUAAUUGGUUCUCAAGCCUUCAUGGAACAAGACGAUGUUGGACUUGGUGACCUGUCAAGUGACGAAAUGUCAGUUGACAGUGACAGAGACAGUGUGAUCGAGAGUGAAGAUGGCAAAGACACAAUGCAUUCAGAUGAGGACUUUGAGCAAGAGGAUGAUGAAGUUCAAAAUAAUGUUAAAAAGAAGUCAUCCAUGAUAAGUUAUGAGGAGGAUGAAGAGGAGGAGGAGGAUGAAGAUUCUGACAUAUUUGGAGAAUCGGAUAAGGAGGACGAUGGCACAAAAAACACAGGACCGUCCUCCUUUGCAGAUGAGCUAGCUGCCCGAAUAAAAGGAGAAACGGUUAACAGACCUGAGGGAGAUCGAGCAUCAUUGACAUCUAAGAAGAAGAGUAAAGGCAGAAAAGAACCAAAGCCUGCAAAGCCACAGGCAGAUGAAGAGGACAGUGAUGACAUGUUCAAGCCACCAAGGAUGGAUGAUGACGACUUGUCUCCAUUUGGAAGAAAAAGCGGGCUUUUCAGUGGAGGGAAAGGCCUCUUUGAUGAUGACGACGAGGGUGAUCUUUUCUCCGAGGCACCAAAACCUGUGAUGGAAGAAAAAAGAACUGUGAAUGAAAGCAUAAAAAGUGCAGCUCCAGCUGCAGAAGCUAGAAAACCUGAGAAGAAGAUACCUGUUGGUGCCGUAUCAAUAUUCCCAGGAAACAGCAUCUUCAGUUCGGGACAUGACUCUGAUUCAGAGGAGAGUAAAGAGAAUGGGAGUCCAGCUGUUAAUGCCAUCCCCAAACAGGUGCACAUAGGAGCUGCUGGUGCUGGAGGAGGAGGCGGGCUGUUUGAUGAUGAGGAGGAGGAUGAUGACUUUUUCAGUGGUAAAAGCCUGAAAAAGUCUGAUUCUGCUGCACAGGAGAAACCCAAACCCAAGAAGGCUAUUGACCUUUUUGAUGAUGAAGAUGAUGAGGAUAGUGAUAUAUUCAGUAACAAGUACAAUGCCCCAACUGGGAGUCAAAGCAAGGAGGUGGUGAAAGAAAAGGAUAAACCCCCUGAGAAAAAGAUACUGCCAGGGGCCAUCUCCAUGUUUGGCCCUGGGACUAAAAGCUUGCUCAGUGAGGCCCUGAAAAAACGGCAGCCGUCUACCAGCGAGGAGUCUGAGAAAUCUGAGGAGAAUGGUCCAGCUGCUGAUGUUGAGAAAGCUGUGGUCGAACCGACACCGAAACCACAGACCAGAGGCCUCUUUUCUGACGAUGAAGACACACAGGUAUUUCCUACUAUACCUAAGAGCCAGUCUAAGCCUGAACCAACAAGUCUGAGAAAAACCAGCAAGGCCCCCCUGUCUUUGUUUGAUGAUGAAGAAGAAGAGGAUUUGUUUGCAUCUGCAGCUAAAUCUAAAGCAAAAGCUAAUCAGUCUACAGCUUCCACACCACAGGCCAGCAAGGCUGUGUCCAGCUCCCUCUUCAGCGAUGAUGAGGACCAGUGGUUAAGUUCAAAAAGUAGUGUGACAAAGCCUGACACCAAGUCCGGGGGGAUGAAAACCAGUACCAGUGCCCCAUCCAGUCUCCCCAGCAGCAAAUCCUCUCAAAAGAGCAGCCUGUUUGAUGAUGAAGAUGAUGAUGACCUGUUUGCUACCACAAAAGUGUCAAGUCAGAAAAAGCCCCAGAGGGUUGCUCUUCUGUUUGAAGACGAGGGUGAUGAUGAAGAUAAAGGAUCCCUGUUUGGCUCUAAACCUGCUGCUACCGCAAACCCUGAAGCCCCAGCUAAAACACCUGUUGUUAGCUCCCAGUCGUCCUCACUGUCUGAGGUUGCAGCUUCUAGCACAGCAGCAAAGGACAAGCCACCAGAGCAGCAGAAACCUGCAGAAACAAAACCUGAGCUGCUCCCAACUUUGCCGUCACAUGAGAGCGCUGACAGUAAGAAGAAACCUGCCGGAGCAGUCAGUCUCUUCGGUGGCAUCGAUGUUCUUGCCAACAAGCAGCCAAAGAGCACAUUAAAUGAGACGGACAACGAUGACAUCUUCCUGUCAAAGGAAAGCCCACCACCAAUUGUUAAGAGGGAGACAAAGAAGGAAGAGAAGGGCAAAACAAAUGCAGUUAGUCUGUUUGAUGAGGAUGAGGACGAUGAGUCGGAUUGGCAUGAUCCAAUAAUCACAUCCAGUAAGCCCACAGCUAGAAAGACCCUAAAGCCAACAGAAGAGCGACUGCAAACAAAGAGCACAGGUGUCUUCCAGGAUGAAGAGUUGCUUUUCAGUCAGACUCAGCAGAAGGACAAUGACCCAGAUGUUGACCUCUUCGCCACCUCAGGGAAAGCUACUAGCUCCAAGCUCAGCUCGGUGAAGCCAGCAACACCAAGUCUGUUUUCAGACGAUGACGAAGAUGACCUCUUCAGCACUGUCACGCCAAAACCACCUCCUCCGAAAGUAGCCGAGAAACCCAGCAAACCCAGUGACAGAGCCCCACUUGCAAGUCCAGAACCUGUGUCAGAAAUCCAGAAACCUGCAUCAAGCCCUGUAAAAGCUAAAGAUUCCUCAUCAAGGAUUGGGAAACUUCAAGCCAGUCUUAUGAUCAACCCUGCUGCGUUGCUCCCUGGUGCUGUAUCCAGUAUGUCGGGGGCUCUCAGUUCCUCCUCUGGGGUCUCCAGCUCAAGCCUGAGCCCCAGCCCUGUCACAACUCCUGUGGGAGCUCAUGCAGACAAAGGGGUGAGCUUUGAUACACCGGUCCAAGUCACAGCGUUGCAGAGUGCACACAAGAGUCGUGUCAAAGGUUCUCAACUUCGGAGACCACAGACCAGAGCAGCGAGGCAGCAAGCAGCCCAAAGAUCUUUGGAGGAUAAAGAGGAGAGCCUAGGAAGAGAUCUCUUUGGGCCAAAUGCCAGUCUGUCCGGUUUAGUCUUGCCUCCACCAGAAAAGUCCAGCCAGUCACACUUCAAUCCAACAUUAACUAACACAGCUUUGACUCCAACCCUACCCACCUCUGCACCCUCUCAACCUUCACCCUCUCAAAUCUCUCCCCGACCCUCACAACUAACCCUGCCAGUAUCGACAGUUGCUGGAAAGAAGGACUCUGGCAAGGACAGCAGCAAGAAGGUGCUGCCUUCUCCUGAUGAAGAGGAUCUCUUUGGCUCUGGUGGUUUGUUUGGGGCAAGUCCAGUCAAUAACAAGCCCCCCAUAAGAGAAACUGCCAAGAUUAAUCAUUCUCAGACCAGUAGUGGGGUGGCAUUGAAUAAGGACAAAGAUAAAAGCACACUCCCGUCCAUUUUUGAUGACAACACAGAUGACCUUUUCCGAAAUGUUAAGCGUCAGACAACCUCUAAGAAAGCCAAGGCCUCGUUUUUGCAAGAAGAUGAUGAUGAUGACAUAUUUCGACUAAGCAACAGUUCCACCCCCACACCCACCAGUAGUAAAGAAAUCAAGAACAGCAGUAGUUUUUUAAAGCAGGACUUAUUUCAGGAUGAAGAAGCCAAUGUGCCUAAAGUUCACAAGAAGCACAAAGAGAAGAGUAUUGAUGCCAGCCUGUUUGAUGAUAACGUAGACAUUUUUGCUGACCUGACUGACACUUUUAAACCAAAACAGAAGUCCAAGACAAAAGGAGAAACCAAGUCAAUAUUUGAUGAUGACAUGGAUGACAUCUUCUCAGCAAAAACAGUAAAACCGGUGGUAAAGGCUCCCCAGAAAUCAAAGAAAAGCCCACCAUCCAUGGAGGCCAGUUCAGCUGCAGAUUCAAGCAACAUAUUUGAUGACCCACUUAAUGCUCUGGGUGGGAACUGAUAUUUUUGCAGUGACCAGAUUUGUACAAUUGUGGAUUUAUUCUGUUUGUCAUUGAGAGAUCACUGAAACUUAUCAAAUACACUGUUGAUAGAGUAUUUAUUGCUAUAAAUUCAUAUAAAUACUGUGGCUUAUUUUUGGCAGAUAAUGACUAAUCAAACUUAUUCCAGUCUUCUUCCACUGCAUUUCCCAAAUCAUCCUGGCAUCAUAGUUGAUAUAAACUCUUAGUCUUUACUAUACAUAAUAGCACUUUAUAAGCAUACUAUAUGCUUAGCCUUGAGGCCUGCAGAAAUUAACAGUAAUUUGUUUGUAUCAUCAUUAUUAUUAUUGUUCUUUUGGCUUUUGCCUUUUGAGAUUCCAUGUCUUUGGGUUUGUGCCAUAUCAUGCUUGAGACAGCUACAUGUUUACUUACUGUCUUAGUCAUUUUGACAAUGUUUUUAUUAAGAAAUUUAUCCAUUUCUUAACUUUGGCUGUGAUAAAAAUGAAUAUUCUUUUUUAAUAACUAAAAAGAAACAUAUUUUA